GGACGCUACGAAAGAAAUGGUAAACUUGCAAAGUUUCAUUGUUUGAUGUGAACUCAUUCUUCAUUGAAUCUAACUAAUUGUAUACGUUUGCAGUUGUCGACGUUGGACCUUUUGUUUGAGGAGAAUAGGUCGAAGAAUGUGACUUUCGUGGAUUUCGGAAUUGACAGGAAAGAUCGCGGGCUUCCUCAACAAGACAAUGACCGAGAUUGCGGUGUAUACGUCAUGAAGUACAUGGAGGCUGUGGCCAAUGAGGAAGAAGUAGUUGAUCAGUUUCACCCGGUUGAGGCACGUUUGGAAAUCGCUGCGAGGAUCAUAACUGAUGAACAAAAUGAAAUUCGUACCAAAGUGGUUGAAGAUCGUAGGGCUGCACAAGGCAGCUCAUUUGCAUCAUCCUCGGCCCCUUUGCGUAGUCCGUCAAAGUCUCCACGCGAUCCUCGGUUCAGUACAGCGAAGUCUCGCCAUGAAAACAUGUUUCCCCCGUCAAGAGCCUCCCCUAGGUUUCAGUCUAGCAAGACUAAGAUUUCAUAUGGUGAAUAGUCUGUAAAAAACACAUGUGUUAUUAAUAGGUUGUGUUAUUAGUGUGUUGUGUAGUUUGGAUUUGGGAGCAUAGGUUGUGUUAUUUGUGUGUUGUUUAGUUUGGAUUUGGGAGCAUUUGGAUUUAGACAUCU